ACGGGCUGCUGCUUUGUUGCCCGGGGCAUACUGAAUAUAUUACACAGUGUGUGCACAUGCACGUGCUUCUUCAGUGCUGGCUGGUCAAUUAAUUAACUCCUGGAACUUUCAAAAUCCUAUCAGGGCGUACAGAAAUCGGAAUAUUUUACUUUUCUCUAACAGCUUUUUAAUAGUCAUGAAGGGUGUAUAUGGUGCAUUAGUGUUAUGUCUUUUCCUCUCAUUGGUGGCCGUCGGUUUACAAAUUGCUGCCAGUGUCACAAAAGGUUGGAAGAUCAUCGAGGGUGAACAUUUAGUCCAAAGGUCACCUUGGGUUACACCGGCCAUGUUUAAAAUGGACGAAAAUGAGAAUAAACAUGCCGCCAUACAUAUAGGUGUCUGGGGACUCACAAUCUGUGUUAGUGGGCGAUGUAUUGACAUUGAGGACUAUAGGCCCGACCCUAGCAAACUAAUUAAAUAUUUUGAAGGAACACCUAGGGAGAUACAGGCAUUAUCCGUCUUCGGAUGUAUGAUGGCUGGAGUUGCCGCUCUUUGCUUCUGGCCUUUCUUCCAGACUCUGGACCAAAAGAGAAAUUGUUACGGGAUUUAUGUCUCAACUCUUCUCUUUAUGUCAGGAUUAUCUUGUUUGGCCUUAGCUUACAUAAUGUAUCAGACUGUUGAAACCAUAGAAGAUCUUUACAUAGACCGAAAACAGAAGAUUAAAACGCCAUUUCCGUAUUCUUUUGUCUUGCUCCUCAUUGGGUUUAUUGCUUCUUUCGCUGGAUGCUUGACAUCAGCGAUCGCAGUUUGUAAACUGAGUCAGGACAUAGAACAUGAGGAAAAAUUGAGGAUUGAGCGAGAAAGAAAAAUGGACAAAGAUGACAUCUUUGCACAGCACCAUAUCAUUUCGAAAUCAAAGACACAAAGACCCGCCAUAUCAAUGAAAAACCAAGAGCAAGUGGUUUAUUCCAUUCAUUUAUAAACAGAUUCGGCUAUAUACUAAAUAUUUACUAGGAUUUUAUAAUUUUUCAAUUCAAUAUUUCAAUUUCUGAGUAAUAUUAGAAGAUCAUGAACAUUUCGUCUCUUAUCUGUAGUAUUUUCGCUGUCAUGAUGACAAUGGUCUUCAAAGACUUACUGCUUUUCAAUGAUCCGAAGCUACUUUAUGUGUACAUUAUUUAGCAAGUCUUGUUUAUUAAUUGUCUUGUCUUUGUUAUGACAUUUUUUGCACGAUAUAUAUACCAGUAUUUGAUCUUAUUAA